AUGAUGUUUUUAUGUAUGCUUGAAUUUGCAGUGGCGCUUCGUACAUGUGUUAAAGACAGUGAUUGCCUCAAUAGGUCCAGACCGGACAUUCAUUCGCUGUAUUGCGUUAACCAUGCCUGCCAAAAGAUCCUUUCGCCGGGUAUGCAUUGCCUGAAGCCAGCUGACUGCUCGUCUUAUUCGUUCUUUGGGCCGCUUGCCUGCACAGAGAAGUGUAAGGUGGAAGGCGAAUGCGAGUAUGAUGAUCCAAAAACACUUGGGUCCAUGUAUUGCUGCAGAAACAUCCCAUUGGGAAAGUCGUGCAAUGUGCAUCGGCCAAGAGCGCUUAGUGGGUGUGACACCCAUCACUCGUGUAUGCUAGGCUCUAAAGGUACAUAUGAGUGUGUUCCAGACAAAUCGAGUUCGUGGAUGUUUAGUGUGUUUCUGUCAAUAAGUGGAAACAUUGGGAUCAAUGUCGGUGUGAAUCUGCAGAAGAGAUCGUAUAGACACGCAUACAUCGAAAUUCUCAGAACAAGGUUCCAAACAUUCUAUGUUGGAUGCAUCAUGUAUGUGUUAGGCAAAAUCUUUGGAUACUGCUCAUAUGUGUUUGGAAAUCAGUCCUUUAUUGCGGUGUUGGGUGCUACGGGGCUUGUGUCAAAUAGCAUCUUUGCGCCGAUGAUCAAUGACGAGCUGUUUACAUGGAGGGACUUCUGCGCAAUAUUGUUUGUGUUUGCGGGCACGACGCUUGUUGUUAUGAACACGACGAUAACACAUAAGAUGUACAGCCUAUGCGAGCUGAUGAAGAUGUACAAGCGGACGGAAACACUGGUUUGGUUUGGAUUUAUUCUGAUUAUGAUCGUUUACCUGUUUGCAUUCAUCAAGUAUGUGGAGAUAAACAGCAACUGGGAGCUGCCUGGAGAAAGAAUGAUGUUUCUGAAGAGUGGCUCGGUUUGGUUUGAAGAGGAUGGAUUUGUGAUGAAGUAUGUGAUGGCACUAGCAUAUGUGUGUCUGUCUUCUUUCAUAGCAUCCUUCACGACGCUGUCUAUCAAGAGCUUGGGAGAGAUGAUUGACAAAACGAUUUCUGGAGAUAACCAGUUUGUGUUUUUUACGACAUAUUUUUUUAUACUGGUGCUUGGUGUAUGCACCUUUUUCCAGAUAUACUGGCUCAACAGAGCAUUGAGGCAUUACGAUGCUCUGCUUGCUAUUCCAAUGUUCCACGUGACCUGGACACUCUUGAGCAUAAUAACCGCGGGGAUAUACUUCAGGGAGUUUGAGCAGUAUACCGCUAGCCAGCUGAAGAUCUUUGCCUGCGGAGUGGGGGUUAUUUUUGUUGGAUCAUUGUUCUUGGGCAGCAGGAUAACAAACAAGACAAGAAUAAGAACGAAGAAGGCCGCUUUGGAGUAUGAGCAGAUUUCAAAGACCCAAUGA